UAUCACGUCAGUGAUGUCAGCUGAAUAAAUUGUGUGUUACCAAAAAACACGGCAAACUUCAUUUCGAUCACUUCUGUCAGCGAAGGAGACUGAAAAAGUGUUUCAUAACACCUGAAAAAUAAUUUCUUUUUCAUCUUUUGAAGGAAAAAAUAAGCAAAAGUUGAUUGCUAAUAUGGCAGCAAAAUUCUUGAAAUCAUUCUUCCCAUCGGUUAAGGCCCAAGAGGAGGCUGAGCUAGUCAACCCCCAGGAGGUUUUAAGGGAGGAGUGCAACAAGGACGGACACAUUGAAAGUCUAUUUAGCAAAUAUCAAGGAUGCAAUGACCGGGUUAACUCCAAAAAGCAAACCACCGAGACUUGUGUGGAAGAAUUGUUCGACUAUCUUCAUGAGUUGGACCAUUGCGUUGCUCACACUUUGUUUUCGAAACUAAAGUAAACAAAAAAAAAAGUGUUGACCGUAGACCAGUGUCACCCAAAACGUCUGUUUAAUAAAUUAUUUUGCUUUAAUGUAGUGUUACAACUAAAUUGUUCCGAACAAUUCGUGAACAUGAAAUCUCAUGCAAAUUGCAAUUGAUGCAAGAU